CUUCUUCUUCUUCUUCUUCUUCUUCUUCUUCCUCGUCUUGGUCGUCGUCGUCUUCUUUCUCCUCCUCUUCUCUGCUUUGCGUUGGGUGUGGCCAGAUUCUCGUCCUCCUUGGACUGCAUCCUUUCCUGCCGUGUUCCCAGUCGGCAAGGCUUUAUCUCGUCUCCUUCACGUUGGUUGGUGCUUGCAAUUCCUCCGUCUGGAACUGAGCCCUCCACCUCUCCUCGUGCCGCCGCGCUGCAGACAACGCCCUCCACGCCUUCCUUCCGCACGUCGAUUGUGCCUUUUGUGCAACGGGGCCUCUGCCGGCACUCCUGUCGUGAAGUGACGGCCGCCUGCAGCGUCGUGAUUGCUCCCGUCGUCCCCCCCCCUGGCCCGUUCGUGCGAGCGAUUCGCCGCCAAAUUUCCAAGCCUUGACCGUCGCAAUACCAGCUCGCGCAGGCCCGCCUGCUCCAAUCUCUUCCCCUCCCCGAGGUCGACGACACACCGGUCGUCGCUAGCAGAUCUGGCGACAACAGCUCCGCUAAGGUAGCAGCAAUUGCUGCGAGUGCAGAGCAGCUUUGCUGCCUCACUCAUCCUACCCCCCGCCAUCCAUGGCUAAGGAGCCCCAGAGUCGGCUCGCCAGCGCAUGCACGCUGAUCAGAAACCUUUUGCUGGCUGGCUUCUUGUACAGCGCAAUCUUUGGAGUCAUAUCGCUGGCGAGGAAACCGGGAACCGUCAAGGGGAAGCUUGGCAUCCCUGCCUUCCUGGAAAAAUCAGGCCCUGCAGACAUCAUCAAGACCACAAGCAAAGGGGUAAAGGUCAAGUUCGCCGCGUCGAGCUCCCUCGUCACCAUCAAUCCACAUGCAAAUGUGUUCAACCGGCCAAAGAGCGCCGUUGUCCCUAGGGACGACUACCUGGGCCCACGUCCCCACGUCGACACGGAAGCGGAUCUGCAGAUGUUGGUAGAGGAGUGCAGAGGGACGUACGAGGGCUUGGAGCGGAUGCGAAACGUGUUUGACUGUUUGCGGUUUUUGGAUCAAGGGCAGGACAAGUACCACUAUCUCCCGGCAGAGAAGGAUCGUGCCAGCAAUCAAAGUCCCCGCGAUGCCGAAUACAACGACGCGGACGGUCAUGGCAAUACCAAGGCGGUGUACGUGGAUGUCGCAUCGGCCAAGAACGCCACGAAGACGUCGAGAGGGGAAUGUCCCGGCCCGAUCAUCCCUUACCACACCUACUGGACCGGCCCGGCCACUUGGAGACUGGAGAUUUUCGUCAAGAGCUAUCUGUACACGCAAAACCUUCCCUGCUCAAGGCUUUACAUCUGGAUCGACGAGGACAGAAAGCCCGACGGCGUCGAAAAGAUGUUGACAAAGGACCCGCUCUUCGCCCGCUUCCUGCCAUUCAUCGAUCGUGGCGAUAUCGUGCUCAAGUCCUGGAAGUUCCCCAAUCGUAUUCCGCUCCCGAAGACGGAGGACAACACCGACGGUAACGGGUAUUACAAGAAUCGAGGAAAGCCAAACUUGCAAGGCGAAGUCGUCGUCGCCGACGGCAUCGUGGAGGACUCCUCCGGCCAGCACUGGCUUGCCCUCACCCCCAAGCAGAUGACGUUCCUACCACAGGCAGUAUCCGACGCUGUUCGCUUCGUCGUCUUGCAUCUGUACGGUGGCGCGUACUUCGACAUGGACGUUCUGAUGCUGCGAGACAUGCGCCCGCUUCUUCUCCCAAAGCACCAUAGCUUUGCUGAGCGAUGGGCUGCCCAUCCGCACCCGGGCGAUUACAACACUGCCAUCCUCUCCCUGACCGCCAACUCCAGCCUGUCCUCCUAUCUGCUGCGGGGCGGUGUUCGUAUGGGCCUCAACUUUCAUCCUCGCGUGAUCGGUCGUAUGGCCUGGAAGGACGGACGAGACAAGGAGUUACUGAUGCUUGAGACUGCGGCCUUUGACCCGAUUUGGACCGAGUUUAAUUGGGAUCGUGAAGGACGCUGCACAGUUCCUUGCCUGAAGGACUACUCCGCCGUAUUCAAAGGUGGAGCAUCUGCGCUAAAGGACGAAUGGGAAAGCUACGACGGUGCUCAGUUACCCUUUGCGGACCAGACGGCGCCAAAAAGCACCGCUUCAACCGAGACAUCACCUGUGGACGAGCAGCGAAAGCUCAGCAGACGAGAACAAGAUCCUAGCGACCCUCACGCGCCCGUCAGUUCGCCAGAACCAGAAUCGACAGACAGCUUCCAUGCUACGAGCGCUGAGGAGGCGGAGCUGCGCAAUGCUGGUGUGAUUGCAGAGUAUCGCCUCGAUCAGGAUAAGUACCCGCCGAACAACCGCACGCUUGAGAACUUCUUCCGUGGUGCUUGGACUUAUCACAUUCACAAUCAGUGGUUAAGACAUCCCGAACCUUCUUCCUGGCUCUCUGUAAUUGAGCACGCGCACGAUGGUUUCUUCGCUGGCACUCGCCCCAACAUGUACGGUGAAUUCUGGAACGGUCCCUCGCUCAUGCCUUACAACCAUUGGCCUGAGUAUGUUUAGCUCAAACGAUGUUAAGCCACUGUUCUUUGCUUUUCUUGUUGCUUUGCUUGAACGUCCAGCUUUACUUUUAUCGAAGCAGGAGCAGCGCCGACGUUUUUAUUUUUCCAUCUACGAAUACUCUUGUAUCGCAUAAUGGGACGGCGUUUUAAAUGCGGCACGUUCGUGCGUGAGCGGUCGAGAUUACGGCCUCAAUAUCAGUCGUUGCUAGGGAUUUUCGAUGUGUUGCCACCUUUCCUAUGCCUCAUCUGGUGGUCCGGAGUGGGCCAUUUCUGGGUUUUCUUCCCCCUUUUUGUGUAAAUAUAUUCUCUCACCUUUCAUGAGGAGCUCAUGAAGACUAGGGUCAAGUCCACUAACUUGAGGCAACCUAGUUUAGAUACAACAAACUAGAAAGAAGUUCAUCGCGCGUUAUCAUUAACAUUAUUAUUAUUAUUGUUGUUGUUCUUGUU